GUGGUUCUCUUCACUUCCUGUAAAAUUAUGCUCAACAGAGACAGCUACAUGUGAAACACAGACAAAGCCCUCGGACAUUAUUUCAGAAGAGAGAGAAAAUGGAUGACUUCUCAUCCACCUAAUGAAGAGUUUCCCCCCCUGAAUGAAAUGCCGUAGUAGGCUUGAGGCACUGUAACAGCCAGAGGAGCUGCCAUGGACAUCCUGGCUGGAAUACAGCUCUCCCCAGUGAGAGCCUUUGACCAAAUGGUGGAGUACAGAGCAGAGAAACGCGAACACCUGCGAGGACGAAACAACGUGACUUCAUGCCGCAGCCCAACAAGAGAGCUUAACACAAGACAGAUAAAAAAAGAACUGAAAGAAAAGAGGCAUCUGGAAUUUCUGAGGAGGCGAUCAGUGAGCCCAGAGCUGUGUGGUUUGAAGUCUACAAGGAGGAAACCUUCGCCAAACACGUUCUCAGUGAAACAUAAUAGUUCUAGCAGCAGUUUAGAGACACUGUGUACAAAUAUCCAAACUAUUCCCACCGCUAAUGGACAUCCAAAGAUGAUUUUAACACCAAACAGCAGCAUAACUGAUGGCCCGAGCACCAGCACAUGGGCUUCAUCAUGGUCAGAGCAGGUGACACUGAUGAAGCAAGAGAAAGGCCGUUCAAGGAAGCAAGCAUCUACCUCCACAGCAGUGGUAAACGAAUCAAACCUGCACAGGAUGAAAAGCACAGAUAAAAGAGGGAGUAGUAUUAAUGCUCAGAAGACCAACAUCAAAACAUCCAUCCAAACAGACAGUGUUCACCAAAAAUUCUUCCACCGAACAGAAAAUAUUCACCAAAAGAAGGCAAUUCGAGAGGCCGGUGUGCAAACAGAGUCUGGCCUCAUCACUGUCAAGGAAUCAGAUGUUCAGCGGUUAACUGACUACUUACAGGAGGCCCUGUGGAGAGAGGAUGCCAUGAAGAAGAAGAUGGCAGCCCUCCAGGACAGCACGUCAAGCCUCUUGAACUCGUCAAACAAAUUAUGGAUGGCUCGCUGCAGUGAAGACCUGCUGAGAAACAAGAUUAAGGCUCUGGAGGCGCAGCUGCAAGUCUGCCUGCAGAAGUUUCCAAAAGAUGGAGUGAAGAAACUGAUGGUACAGAUGGAGAAGCAGAAACUGAUAUAUGAGGAGAAGGCCCUGGUCGCCCUGCAGAAGGCCACACAGGACAAAACUGAGGCACUCAGCAAGGCAGAGACACUGCAGGAAUCGCUGAUUACAGCAAAGGCAGAGGCACUGAAGUGGCAGAGCCUGUACGAGGAGCUGAAGCUGAGCUCUGGACAACUCAGGGAGAACCAGCACCUCAGCAACGAACAGCUGCAACAGCUACACAGCCAAGUGGAGCUGUCCCGGGCCAGAGAGGCCGAGCUCAGGGAGGAAGUGGUGUCAUUACGUCAAGAGACGAAGGAGCUACAGUACAACAUUUGCCUACUGGAAGAGGACAACCAGACUUUAAGACAGGAAAUCCAGCAGCUGAGAGAUGGCGGCAAUGAGAGCCAGGACUUCCUGAUGCAGGAUUGUCUGACGUCAGAGGAAGCAGAGCCACAGCUGACGGUGAGGAGAGACUCUCAGUUGGAGGAGAAGCUCCGUCACACUCAGGAGAAACUCCGGAUCAAGGAGAGAGAGUGUGAGGAGCUGCAGACGGAGCUGCAUACCAUGGAGCAGGAGUGUCAGUCCAGUCAGGCCCGGCUGUCGCAGUGCAGGGACGAACUCCGGCAACUCAGCCACCGCCGCAGGAGAACGACGCUGUGUGGCUCCUGGUGGAAGGUGUUCUUGUUCUUCCUUCUCCUCCUGGCUAUGGCAGGAGUUGUUAUGUUGUGGCUGUGGCAUCCUCCUUUCAGGGAGCAAGUUGAAGACCUGUACUCAGACAUAGAGACACGUAUCGAAGACUAUCUCUUGCAAAUGGCCACUCCUCAACACUCAGGCUGUUUUAGACCAAUAUGAUAAUGUCAUUGCUCAGGAAUUUGUUGUUAAAAUUAGAUUUUUAUUGGAUGUAGUUUGUUGACGUCUUUGUAUUUCAUGCAAUUUUAGACUUGGAACUUUAAGUGUGUGUGUGUGACAUCAGAUAAAGUUGUGUGGACAUGUGGAGGAUGUACUGUGUGUGCAGAAAGUUCAUGCAGUGUGAAAAAAUCAGCAGUAUUUGAAACAGUGAGAACAAACCAUCAGCCUAAAAGCUGGUGUUAAUGACAUGUUCAGAGUAGUGAGGAGUAGACAAUUAGCCAGUAUCCUCUGUACUGUAAACAGCCUGUUUAGUAAGAAAUUUGAAAUAUUAUAAAGCCAUUUAAACAUGAAAAUAAAGACAAAACAUCCAUGUAAUCCUUUCAACUCUUGUGGGAGGAAAUUAAAUCGGUACUAUGGAGUAUUGUGGAGUUGUUUUAGAUUCACUAUUGCUCAACAUGACUCGAAAAAGAGACAGUGAGGACACAAUAAAAAAGCUGUUUAGUGUUUUAUAUUAUGAGAAAUAAAAACUUACAAAUACAA